AAAGUGAGGACCGAAGAAAACACUGCUCUACGUGCAGCGAACCAUCCUUCAUCAUGUGCUCCAUGAAGAAAUGCGCCUUAGUUUUUCUUACCAUUGCAACCUUUCUGGUCUUUGCGGGAGCUGCUGUUUUCUUUUACUUCGGCCAGUUCGCAGACGAGAGCGUCUUCGAUUUCCAUGUCUAUAAUCAAACAUUGAAACUGUUCGCGAAAUAUCCCGUUGAAAUAACACCAGCAGAAUGGACUUUUUGGACGUGGACAGCCGUGUUCGGCUGGCAGUUGCUUUGGCUGUUUUAUUCGCUGAUCUUGAUGUGCCGUUGGAACGGCCCCGAAGUCCUAACGCCGUUUUUCUUCGUCUUCACCCUGCUAGGGUUCGGUUGCAUGCUCGGUUGGGUAUUGUUAUGGGGCGAAGAUCUCAUCAAUAUCGCUCUGGGAUUAAUCGCUGGUACGGUUGCUUUCCUGUGUGUAGCCCUUGGUAUCGCCUACUAUCGAGUAUUUACUCUGCGCGAUGGAAUGAAAAACUUUCCAACCGGCGACUGGAUAGCGGUCGAAGUGCUCGUCUUGAACGGAGUGGCUCUGUUUGCAUCUUGGGCGCUUUACAACGCCUUCCAAGGCGUUGCAAUCGUUCUCAAGUACACGGCUGAAGUAGAAGAUGAAAUCACCUGUACCAUAGUCCUUGCCGGCUUUGCAGCUACUCUCUUUUUCUGGUUUUGUUUGGACAACUUUGUAUUUUGGCAGUUCACUCUUUUUACUGUCACUCCUUACGCACCCAUGAUCGUUGGCUUCACGGGAACCCAUAUGGAAAAUUGGAAUGAGGACAAGAGAAAUUCGAUUUUUAAUGUCUCGUUGUUAGGCGCUUGUUCUUUGAUGCUAUUGCUAAAAAUAAUCCAUGUCAUUUGGCGGAUCUGGAGAGAUAGAAAGAAGAGCAAGCGAAUUGUAAUCGAGGAGAAUAUAAACAUGAUUUAAAAUGACUUGUAAGACAUUCUUCAAGGAAUUAGCCUUCAGUGAGUGGUGCGAAAAGUGCCGGUGGGUUGCCAGGAUCGCAAAGCGCCGGAUCGUUUGAGAGACAAUUCAAAGGAAAGGGAGAAAACUGACCACGAAUACAAAGUGCUUGCUUGAAGUCUAUUUUAACAGAGUGGAAGAGAAGUUGUCCCUUUAUUCGCUAGCAGCUGCGGAGAUGUAUGGAGUGAAGCGUUUUCCAUUAGUUAACGCUUUUAAAUUGUUAAUUCGCCGAGCUUAACGUCCCUCGGGUAAUUUAAAUGCUCUGCAUUUCAAGAGAUUAUGCAAAGUAAACAAAAUAUAUCGGAGUACUUCCUCGUCAACGGAUCUUACUCGACUUUUGAUCAAUGUAGUACUC